UGUAGUAUUAAUAAUUCGGUGCAAGGUCUGCACUUGAAAUAGAGAUUCAGAUAUUCUGUCUUGAAACAGUGACAGUAUAGGAGAAAACGACAUUUCAAACAGUCGCAGAUUUCUAGACCUACUAAGGAGUAAUAUCGUUACAGGUGUAGGCUUGAAUAUGUACGGUACAGCAUGUAGGUGGAUUAUAAUACAAAUGGUUAUACAAGUCUACUUGUACCAACCUACAGAAUCUACAGAUCCACUGGAUAUAACAUUCUACUCAGGAUCACCACACAGUUCAAAUGUCCGUGGAUACGCGCUUAAAGACAGCAAAACAACAGAUUUAUCAAUCGGUAUAUUAAACAAGAAUAACAAGGAGAAUGUAACCUGGACUGAUACUGGACAUUCAGAUGGCAACACAGGGAGUGAUAUAAGAAGAAACAUGCCAGGAAAUAAAAUAUUUGACACACCAAGCAAUAUAGCAUUUAGAAUACAUAACGAUUUUAUUUAUCUCGGUGUUCGAAAUUUACAAAGCUCUCAAACAGUCGGCGUGUUUUCAUUUGAAGCUACUAAGUCUGCAGUGGUAACCAGGUCGGCAAUUGUUGUGACGUCAGCAUCAGCCAACAUUAGAAUGCAGUUUCGAACGAUGACUGUCGGAAUUGGGGAAUCCGUCACUAUCCAACUCAGUAAAGGCGAAACUUAUACCAACUUACGAUGGAGACAAAAUUAUGGUGACGCAAUUCAAAUGUGGAACGGUGAAUCGUCAGUUACGAUUUCAAAUAUACGCGCUAAAGAUGACGGGGUAUAUGAAUGUUAUACCGAUGGCAGUCCCGUUAACAACAACCGUGGAGUAAUGAGACUCAUUGUUAGAGAUUGUCCAUUUCCAAAAUGGAGUCCCCCUGAAUGUGAAAUGGACUGUCCUGUGUGUUAUAACGGUGGAGUUUGUGACGACAAGAAUGGUGUUUGUAUUUGCCCUGCUGGCUUCAAAGGAGAUAACUGCGAAACAGGUUGUGGGUCAAACGACUGGGGACGUAAUUGCAAUAACGUAUGCAGUAAUGGUAUUGAUGAAGCUUGUAGUGGUAAACUAUUUUGUCCGCCUGAUCCUGCCGGUUGCGCGUGCAUCGACGGAUAUGGAGGAAACAAUUGCAAUACAGCAUGUGAUGGAAGUCACUAUGGUGCAGACUGUCGCCAAGUAUGUCACUGCAAUUUAGGAGUAUGUAAUAGAAAAACAGGGGAUUGUUCAUCAGGGUGUUCUACCGGUUACAUGGGACCAGCUUGUCAAGAACUAAUGCCUAAUCUAGCCUGUGAGUCUGGUGUUUUUGGUGUGUUGUGCAACUAUCCAUGUCAUUGUAAAGACUCGGCCGAUUGUAAUCGCGAUGGGAGCUGCGACAAUGGAUGUCACGAAGCAUGGACUGGAAAAGACUGCAGCAUAGCACUACCUUACAGUUCCAAACCGCCAACACUUUUGACUCAAACAGCAACCACCCUAAAGAUUGCAGCCUGCAGCUGGGAUCCAGUUCAAGACUUUGGAACAGGAAAUAUAACUGGAUGUAAUUUAUGGUACAAAACAUCGCGGACAAGUGCAUUUAUUACAGUUAAUAACAUUGAACAUGGUGUAUAUACCAUAGAAAAUCUCCUGCCACAUACGACUGUUGAAUUCUACACACGACAUUCGAGAUUAGUUGGCGGCAUAGUGACUGAUGGACCGCCUAGUGAACAUGGAUCAGCAGAGACUAUAUGUACAAAGCCUUUAGAUGAGCCAGAAAUAGAAUUGAAAACAGCUGAUAGUAAUGAGAUAAUCCUUACAAUAAAGCCCGUUUCAAAUUCUCCUGAGAAAAUCCAAUGUGAUGAUAUACUUCGAUAUCAAGUGCGAUACCAAAGCAAAGAUGGGAAUGAACAUGACAUUGUCAACACAACGGACGGUUUGCAAACAGAAGUCAAGAUAUCGGAAUUAUCAAAAUGUGUUGCUUAUGACGUCGUUUCUAGAGUUGUUAAUAACGAAGAGGUUGUCGGAGAUUGGGGUGUACCUGUAGCGGUUCAAACAACACCAUCAGUCCCAAUAAUUAAAGAAGAUUCAGUAUUCGGGGAAACGUCUUUAUUGAUGAGAUGGAAUGAAUCUACCUGUAUUACCCAGGACCUACAGGUGAUUUACCAUUAUCAACUAUCAGGAAUAGGCCACCAAGGAAGCACAACAGGAACUGAGGUUCUUAUCAAUGAAGGAGUUGUACCAUGUACACAGUAUACUUUUGUAGUGUUAGCUGCACACAUGAACGUCAACGGAACAGCAGAUAUUAUGGAAGUCACGUCUGCAUUGGAUUAUCCCGGUAAACCAAGCAUUACUUCUUUGUCAUCAACGUCUUCAUCUAUCACACUUGAGUGGAAAGCCUCUAAAGUUAAUCCGUGUCCAAUACUAGAAUACAAUGUGUCUGUAUACAGUAAUUUGACCAAUUUCACCGUAAAUGUCAUAGAAACUUCACUCUCAAUAUCUGAAGGUAUCAUGCCAAAUACUAACUAUUUUGUAAAGGUAGCAGCCAGGACGCAGAAAGGCUACGGUAAUUUCUCAGAUUUGGAAAGUGUGUCUACAAACAAAGAAAGUACUGGAAUCGGUGCUGUUAUAGGUGGUCUGACAGGAGGUGUAGCUAUAGCAAUUUUUGCAAUUGUUAUGUUUAUUUUUGUUAAACGACGCCGCAAUUUAAACAAAGAUAUUGUUAGAACUCCUGUCAUUCAACAAGAGAUAGUACAUGGAAUAGAAAAUGAAAUGCUGGCUGCUGUGGAGGGUCAUGCUAGUUCAGUUGAAGUAAAAGACUUAGAUGAUGAUUAUGAUGACAAUGAUCCUACAGUCAGAAAUGUCUACGCAAACGCUGAACCUAUUUAUGGAAACACAAACUUGGAAAAUCAGGAAUACAAGCCGAUCGAGUUAGCAAAGUUACAUGAUUACGUCAUGAAUCGAAACAAGAGCUUAGAAAACGGAUUUGCGAAAGAAUUUGAGGACCUUGGCAAUAAGCCACUAUUCCCUUGGACUGCUGCGAAAAACUCUAAGAAUAGAACGAAAGCAUGA